UGUGGCAUUUUUCGUAAACAAGAAUGGCGUGUGUGAUUAAAACAAGGAAGCGAGCUUGGAUACAAGACGCUCAAAAUGGCAAUGAUAAUCUGUUCCUUUAAUCACUAAAAUCCUGCCACGUCUGACAUUUGAAGAGUAAUGAUUUCAGUACAAGUCAGGCAUCCAAUCUGCCAUUGAAACCUAAUGUCACAACCAAUGGAGAUGGUAUAAAAAAAAACUAAAAUGGCCAAUACCAAGUCCAAUUUUGAAGUCGGGCGGAUAGAGGCUUUGAGAGAUGAGUGGGUAGCUACACAGAAGAAAACAUUCAUAAAAUGGAUCAACUCAUUCUUGGUAAAAGUUAAUGGUGAAGUUAAAGAUUUGUUUGUUGAUCUUCGGGAUGGUAAACUACUUAUAAAGCUUUUGGAAAUCCUUUCUGGGGAGAAAGUUGGACGAGCAAAUGCUGGACGUCUAAGGGUACAACAAAUUGAAAAUGUAAAUCGAUGUUUAAAGUUCCUAUCCAGUAAAAUCAGACUUGUAAGCAUUGGAGCUGAAGAUAUUGUGGAUGGUAAUCCACGCUUGACUCUUGGGCUUAUCUGGACCAUUAUCUUAAGGUUUCAAAUACAAGAUAUCCAGAUAGAAGAUGAGAGUAGAGAAACAAAGUCUGCUAAACAAGCUCUCUUACUGUGGUGCCAACGCAAGACAGCAGGUUAUGUUGGCGUAAAUGUAGAAAACUUUACACACAGUUGGAAAAAUGGCCUUGCUUUUAAUGCACUUAUCCACCGACACAGACCAGAACUAAUAGAUUAUGACAGUCUUAAGAACAACACAAACAUCGUAAACCUGAACAAUGCAUUUUCAGUUGCACAAAAAAAUUUGGGUGUCACAUCCCUUUUAGAUGCGGAGGAUGUUGAUGUUGAUAAGCCUGAUGAAAAAUCUAUCAUGACAUAUGUAGCUUCCUACUACCAUUAUUUUGCUAAAAUGAAAACAGAGAAGACUGGUGGGAAAAGAAUUGCCAAAAUACUUGAGCAACUUCUUGAAAUUGAAGUCCUUCAGAAAGAGUAUGAGCAACUUGUAUCCAAAUUGCUUAAAUGGAUUCAAGAAAAAACAGAAGUCUUGAAAGACCAUCACUUUUCUAACAGUCUAGAUGGUAUUCAAAAGGAAAUGUUGUCUUUUAAGGACUUCCGAAUUACAGAAAAACCUCCUAAAUAUGUAGAGAGAAGUAACAUUGAAGCCACGCUGUUUAGUGUGCAUACAAAAAUUAGAGCAAUCAAUCGAAAACCAUAUAUUCCUCCAGAAGACAAACUCUUAAGAAACAUAGAAUAUGUAUGGGAUGAAAUGGAAAAAGCUGAGCAUGGUAGAGAACUUGCCCUCAGGAAGGAGUUAAUCCGGCAAGAAAAGUUGGAACGUCUGGCAGAAAAAUUCCAUCGAAAAUCUUUGUUAAGGGAAUCUUGGAUUGAUGAUAUGAUAAGUGUUCUGAGUGACAAGUUGGAUCCAAAUAUAGAUAUUCAAACUAUUGAAGCAGCAACCAAACGUCAAGAAGCCAUUGUUGCAGAUGUGACAGCACGAGAAGAACGGUUUGCUGAUUUGAAAAAGAUGGCCACUGAACUUAUUAAUGGAAACUAUCACAGCAUGAAUGAUAUUAAGAGACGGGGUGAUGACAUUUCUGAGAAAUGGAGACAUUUGCAUAAGCUUCUUAAGAGUCGUCAGCAAACUUUAAAUAACAUGAAAGAACUAAUAAGCUUAUUUAGAGAAGUUGGAAACAUCAAAAGUGAAUUGAGUGAAGCUGAGGUAGGACUCCAUUCUAAAGAUUGUGGUAAGCACAUACUUGGUGUGGAAAACCUUCUUCAAAAGCACUCACUGAUUGAGGUACACCUUGCUGCCCAAAGCAAACGUUUAGAGGUUGUUAACCAGCAGGCUGAUAAGUAUGUAACCACAGGUCAUGCUGAAAGUAUGGAUAUAAAACGAAAAGUUGCGGAUGUAAAUCUGAUGUUUCAAUCAGUUACACUUUUGUGUAAAAAAAGGCAAUCAAUAUUGAAAUCAUCUCACAACUUUUUCCAGUUUUUUCAAGAAAGUGAUGAAGAAGAGUCUUGGAUGGCAGAAAAACAAAGAAUUGCAAAAUCAGUAAUUACAGGACGAGACCUUAAUGCAGCUUUGAGUAUGCAGAAGAAGCAUUCUGCUUUAGAAUCAGAAAUUACAGCUAGACAAACGAUCAUUGAGGGUGUUAUCUUAACUGGAACUGAGCUUAUUACAUCUGGACAUCCAAAAAGUGCAAAGGUUAAAAGCAGAAUACAAGAACUUCAAGAAAAAUGGAACUUACUGAACCAACUUUCUGAAGCAAGAAAAGUUCGACUUCAGGAAUCAGCAGAGGCACAUCGAUACUAUACAGAUGCAAAUGAAGCCGAAUCAUGGAUGAGAGAGAAGAUGCCAUUAGUCUGCAGUCAUGACUAUGGAAAAGAUGCUGUAGUAGCAACAACUUUGCUGCAGAAACAUAUUAUUCUUCAGGAAGAAAUAAAUGCCUAUGCUGAUGACAUACACAAGCUGGAUGAGGAAUCUAAACAUGUUAUACAUAGUUGCUUGUCAUAUGAACAUGUUGAUGUCCAAUCUUCUGAAAUGAAUAUGAAUAAUAACAACACAUCUGUAGAUGAGCCAGAUUACAUUACAGAAUCUGUUGAUAUUCCAUAUGAAGUUGAAGAAGAACAAGAAAUUGAAAAAGAAGAGAUCAGAGAAGUACUACAAGAAAAGCGUUAUCCACAAGUCAGGGCAAUGUUCAAAUAUGAAGGACAUGGAAUGAAAGUUAUUAAAGGAGAAGUUUUGAUUCUGAUUCAAAAAGCUAAUAAGGACUGGUGGAACGUGAGACAAAAUACAGGAAGUGAAGGCUUUGUACCUGCAAAUUACGUGAAAGAAAUUGAGCCUAAAAUAGUUACUAAAAAGGUUCCCAAAAAAGUUAAAGUAACAGAAAUAAGAAAGGUGAAGAAAACUAAAAUAAGAAAAGAAGUUACAAAGAAGUUGAAGACCAAACCAAAACUGACACGUCAACCAAGUUUGAAAAGACAGAAAUCCAUUCACUUUGAUAAGGACAACAUAGAAUCAAGGCAACAGGGAAUCAUGGCAACAUAUAAAAGGCUCCAAAAAUUGUCUAAGGCAAGGAAACUGUAUUUGCAGGAUGCAAUCCAGCUGUUUGACUUCUACAGAGAAUGUGAUGAUUUUGAAGUGUGGAUAAAAGAUAAAACGCAAAUAGUUAAGCAGAAAGAGACACUCUCAGGUAACAUUGAAUCAAGUCGAAGAAAAUUUGAAAAUCUUUUAACUGAAAUCUCUGCUAAACAAGGAAGAGUUUCGCGUAUAAAUAAAAUGGCUAAUGAAUUUGUUCAAACUGGACAUAGUAAGCAGGUAGAGGUAAGGAGCCGUCAGAGUGAAAUUAAUUCAAGCUGGAGAGGGUUACUGCAAUUAAAAGAGAAGAAAGAAAAGCAACUUGAAGGUGCUUCUACGAUAGAAAUUUAUAACCAAUCGGCAGGAGAAACCAAGGAAUGGAUUCUUGAAAAGAUUACUGGAAUAACUGAAAUGGACCCUGGUACUGACCUGUCAGUUGAAGGUCUCCAGAGGAAACAAGAAAAUUUGGAAAGAGAACUUGUUCCUGUGAAGCAGAAUCUUAAAAAGAUUGGAUUGCUUGCUACAGCUGUGAAAUCAUCUUAUCCAGAUGAGAGUGAACACAUCGAUAGUAAACAGAGAGAAAUUGAUAAACUUUGGCAAUCACUGAAUGAUAAGGCUGAAGAGCGAAAGAACCAGUUCAAACAGGCUAGGGACUUAAAACGUUUCCACCAAGGCUGUAAAUUGGAAUUUCAAACACAUCAAGAAUUUUUAAACCAUCUGAUGGAUACAGAAUUACCAAGAGAUGUCAACAGGGCAGUUGAGCUUCUGAAUCAGAGUAAAGAAUUAGAACAGAAUAUAAGAAUUAGUAAUGACAAAUUAGAAGAUAUUAUAACACUUGGCUCAAGCAUAUUGAAACUCCUACCAGAUUCUGUUACAAUCAAACACAAAAUAUCCAGGUUACAAGAUGAGAAGAAAACAAUUCAGGAAAAAUGGGAAAAGAGAAACUACCAGUUAGAUUGUUGCCUGCAACUUGCAUUGUUUAUUCGUGAAGCAGAUCAGAUUGAUGUUGCAACAAGUGGACAUGAAGCUUUUCUGGAAUUCAACGAUUUCAGCGAUUCAGUUGAUGGGAUGGAAAGUCUUUUGAAACGCCACAUCGAUUUUGAGCAAACAUCGUCAGUGCAAGGGGAAAGAUUAAAUAACCUAACUUCCUUGGCAGAAAAGUUAAUUGAAAAUGGACAUGAUGCCAAAGAAGUUAUACUCACACGGAAAGGGAAGGUUUUUAAACGAAGAGAGUUAGUGAAACAUCGGUCCAGGGAACGGAAGAGGCAAAUAAUUGAAUGUAAGAAUUACCUUGUUUUUUGUCAAGAGGCUGAUGAAAUUUGUAUGUGGAUGGAUGAUAAGUUGACUACAGUCAAUGAUGAAACAUUCAAGGACCUUAUUAAUCUCCAUUCAAAGCUAAAGAAACAUGAAGCAUUAGAGGCCGAACUUCACUCAAACAAAGAGAGACUUGAUGGUCUUUCUGUACUUGGAGAUAGGUUGUUGAGAAAGGAAAAAUUCAAAAGUGAUGUGGUAAGGGAAAAGCUUUUGUCAAUCAACCAGAAGUGGACUGAGCUUAAUGAUUUGUGCCAGGAGAGAGGUAUUAAGUUUAGGCAAGCUAUUCAACAGAAGAAAUUGAAUGAAGCAAUAGAAAACGCUGUUACAAAUAUUGCAAAAAUUGAACAGAAGUUGUUGUCAGUGGAUGUUGGACAAGAUUUAAGAUCCGCUAAGUGUCUCUUAAAUUACCAUCAAAUUUUGGAGAACAACAUAAGAGUCAAUGCAGAAAAGGUAAAGGAUGUGGAAUGCAAAGCAAAAAUACUAGUUCAAAAUGGCCAUUAUGAUGCAGAAAGGAUCAGCAAGCAAUCAUCUGAGCUGACUAGUAUCUUCUCUGAGCUUCAAGGUCCUGCGAAUAAAAGACGAAAAUCUCUGGAAGAAUCUGUUGCUGUGAAACAAUUCCAGCAUGAGGUUGACAAUGAACUCCAGUGGAUAGUAGAAAAAAUGCCACAAGCAUCAUCUAUUAAUUACGGUAACAAUCAACAUGCAGCACUAAUGUUACUUAAAAAACAUGACAAAUUUGAGGCAGAACUUGUAAGUCAUCAAUCCUUAAUAAAUAAAGUUAUUGACAAAGGGAAGGUUAUGAUAAACUUGCACCCAAACGGACAAGCACCCAUUGAAGAAAAAUGCAGUGACCUUGAAAAAGCCUGGGAAUCAUUGUUGAGCCAUGUUAGUGAUAGGAGACUGCAGCUGAUGUUGGCAAAUGGAGCUCAGAAGUUUUUUGCAGAUGCUGAUGAGGUUGAAGAGUGGGCGACAGAAAAAGCAAGCAUUUUGCUGAAUAAUGAUUAUGGUAAAAAUGAAGAUGCAACUCUUAGGUUUAUUGCUAAAAAUGAUGCUCAAACUAGGGAUGUGGAGUCAUACAGUGUUCGUGUAACUGAUUUGGAGAGACAAGCAUUACGUAUUGAAGAAUCAGAAAGUCCAUAUUUAGAACAGGUGUUGGCACGCCUGCAAGAGAUACAAGAAUGUAUAGAAGAUUUAAAUAUUCGGAUUAAGCAUCGAGAUUCAGAAUUAAAGAAAGCAAUGAUGCUUCAUGAGUAUAUUCGAGAGAGUGAUGAGUUAACAGAAUGGAUUGGAAGGAUGCUUCAAACUGUAAGUUCAGAUGAACUUGGUAAUGAUUUGGAGGAAAUAAUGAUCAUUAAGUCAAAGUUUGAAAAUGUUAAGGAAGAAGUUAAUGCUGGAGAGAAGAAAGUUAAAAGUUGUGAAGCUCUGGCUAAACAGUUGGCAGACAAUGAUCAUAUUCAAACAGAAGCCAUUCAAGAGGUGCAAUUGAACAUCACUGAAGAUUGGAAUAGCCUUCAAGAUCAAUUAGUAAUCAGGUGUGGUAACAUUGAUGCGGCACAAGAGAUUCACACAUUUAAUAAAGAGGCAGAUGAUGUUAUGAGCAGAAUGCAAGAAAAAUUUCAAUCAAUACCUGAUGAUUUUGGAAAAGAUCUUAAAUCUGUGCAAAUAUUAUUAAGAAAACAUGAUGCAUUUGAGAGUGAUCUAGCUGCUUUAGAUUCAAAACUGCAUAGUCUAUUGGAUGAAGCCACACAUCUUCAGCAUAAUUAUCCUGGUACAAAUGCAGAGCAAAUAGCAGGUAUUGAACAAGUAAUGAUAGACAAUUGGAACAGCUUACAAACUACGAUAUCUACUAGAAAGGAGGAGUUGAAGAAUUCCCUAGACUAUCACAGAUUUUUAAGUUCAUGUAGAGAUAUUUAUUCUUGGGCAGGUGAAGUAGAAUUUGAGAUGUCUUCAAUUAUUGCAGGAACCGAAAUAACUGUUCUAGAUGCUCAAAGAAACCAACUGUCAGAAAUUAAGACAGAAAUAGUUACAAGAGAAGAUAGCUUCACAACAAUAACAGAAGCAGGAGAAAUUCUCCUCACUGAAGGUCAUUUUGCAAGAGCUGAUAUUGCAGAGAAGUUGAAACAAGUUCAUGAAAUGCAAGAGCAAUUAAACAUUACGUGGAAGCAUAAAAAAGAUGAGCUUGAUAAAGCAUAUGCUUUACAAGUGUUUCUUCGAGAUGCCCAUCAGUUGGAGGUAUUAACUAAACAACAAGAGACACUAUUGACACAGAGUACUGUUGGCAUGUCUGUUGAAGAUGUGGAUGUUCAAAGAAAGAGACAUGAUGCAUUUGAAAAAUUACUUGUAGCACAAGAAGAAAAGAAACUUUCUUUGGAAAGGUUUGGACAUGAACUUUUAACCAAUGACCAUUCUAAAGCACCUGUUAUUCAAAUCAAGCUACAGGAUGUAAUUGCAAAAAGAAAAAGAGUAAAGGAAAUUAGCAACGAUAGAAGUAAGAAAUUAGAAAUAGCAAAGCUUCAAAAGGAAUUUGAAAGAGACACCAAAGAUGCAAAGGAAUGGCUUGGACAGAAAUUAAAAAUAUUAAAGGACGAUUCUAUUAAAAAUGUUAAGAUUUUAGAAGAGAAGGUUAAGCGUUUGCAGAAGCAUCAAGCAUUGGAGGCAGAAAUUACAGCUAACCAAUCUCUUGUCUCACAAGUCAGUGAAACUGGUACAAAACUUAUGAAAUGUAAUAUGAAGCAAGCCCCACGAGUAAAAAAGGAUAUAGAAGAAGUUCGAUCACUUUGGAAACAGGUUAAAGAGACGUCUUCAAAACGCAGUAAGCAUCUAGAAGAAGUUAAAGAUCUGUUGGUGUUUAAUCAGCAAGUUGAAAAAGUGGAAAAUUGGAUUAAGGCUAAAGAACUAAUGAUUACUACUGGAGAUGUUGGUUAUGACUAUGAGCACUGUAUAGAACUUCAGAAAAGAUUGGAUGAUUUUGGUGCUGAUAUGUCUGUUGACCAAUCAACAUUAACUCUGAUAAAUGAUCUUGCCUCUAAGCUUGUAAAAAAAGGGCAAUUAGAAGAAAGUAAUGUUGAAGGGAGGACUGUAAAUAUUAUGAUGAGGUGGAAUAUGCUUCAAUCCUCAUUAAGUGAUUAUCGCACCAAGCUUUCAAAAUCCCUAGAAUUUCAUUUGCUCUGCAGAGAUAUUGAUGAUCUCAAUGAACAGGUAUCAGAAAAAAAAAUAUCAAUGACACCAGCAGAAUUGUUUGAUGAUUUACCUGUUAUCCAAGCAUUACAAAGAAAACAGGAGAAGAUGAUGCAAGCUGUUCUACUGUUAGAAAACAAUGUACAGAAUAUGGAAACCCAAGUUCUGAAGGUUAACACUGGUCAGAAACACUUGGAUGAACAUGUUUUAGAGAAGUUCAGUAGAGUACAAAGAAAUCUUACUGAACUGAAAGAAUUGACUGUUGAGUACCAAGACAAACUUGAAUUUUCAUACAAACUAGUUAAAUUUAAAAAAGAAUACAAUGAAAAUAUUCAGUGGAUGACUGAUUUCAGUUCUGAAAUGAGCAGAAAUGACCUACCUGGUGAUGUACAAGAGGCAGAACAUAUGUGUGAAGUACACAAGGAGAAAAAAAUUGAAAUAGAUGAUCGCCAAGUUUCUAUUCAGAGAUUAUGCGAUCUUGGUAAUGAAUUAAUUUUCAGCAGCUCUGAUGGAAAUGAUGAUAUUCAGCAGAAACUUGCCAUGUUAGCAGACAAACAUCAAAGACUGUAUAGCCAGUGGGAGGAAAAAAAGCAUUUGCUUGGUAAUAGUUAUGACCUCCAGGUGUUCAAUGAGUACAUUAAUCAAGCAGACUCAUGGCUUGCAAGUAAAGAAGCACUCCUUAAUAAUGAAGAUCUAGGAGACUCUCUCAGCACUGUAGAGACCCUAAUAAAGAAGCACGAUGGAAUAGAUAAAACUCUUGACAACCAAAGGGAUAAGAUGAUUGAAUUGCAGACAUUUUCGGAAGAUCUCAUAAAGUCUGAUCAUUACGAAAGUGCCACAAUCAAAAGAAGAACAGAAAUGGUUCUUGGAAGGAGAGAUAAUCUUUUCAAAAUAUCAAAUAGAAGAAGGGAUAAUCUGAAACAGUCAAGACAGCUCCAAGAGCUCAUGGGGAGCAUUUAUGAAGUUAAGUCAUGGAUUACAGAAAAGAUGCACAUUGCACAAGAUGAAUCAUACAAGGAUCUUAGCAAUCUUCAGAAAAAGCUACUGAAUCAUCAAGCAUUUGAAGCAGAACUUGAGAGUAAUCGAGUUCGCAUUGAUGAUAUUGUAGCCGAUGCAGAAGCCAUGUGUAUCAAUAAUCACUUUGCAUCUACAGCUAUAGAACAGCAAAUGAAAGAACUCGAAAGCGAAUGGCAGGAUCUGGCAGAUGUAUCCCUUGCUAAAGGAAAGCGCAUCAAAGAAGCUGCAGAUGCUUUAAAGUUUGAAAGGAAACUCCAUCAAGUUGAGGAAUGGUUAAGAGAUGUAGAAAUCAAGCUCAAUUUAAAAGAUUAUGGUGAAGAUCUUAGGAUGUCUACUUGGCUCCUUAAGAAACAUGAGAUAUUACAAGCUGAUGUAUUAAGUCAUUUUGAAAAGGUGGAGUCUUUAAAAGUUACAGCAAAAGAGUUUCGAGACAGAGGACAUUUUCUUGGAGAUGCUAUUCAUAACAGAACUGAAAUUAUUAUCGAAAGCUAUGAAGCAUUGAGUGUUCCACUAACAACAAAAAAGAACAAGCUAAUCGAGCAUUGUGUAUUUUUUCAAUUUCUAGCAGAUAUUGAAGAAGAAACAUCUUGGAUUAAUGAUAAAUUGAGAAAGACAUUAACUGACAUAAAGGUAGAUAAUCUCCAGACAGCUCAGGCCCUAUUCAAAAGACAUCAAGCGCUAAAGACAGAGAUUAAUGCUCAUGAAAAAAUGAUAAAUGAUGUCUUGGCUUCAUCAGAAAAACUCACAAGAAGUAAGCAUUUUGCUUCUAUUGAAGUAACAUCUGAGACAAACAAGCUGCUAAACUUGUGGCAAAAAUUAAAAUCUACAGCAGACAGUCACCAUAAAAAGCUAAAAGAAACACUUGAUAUGCAUACUUUUUAUGCCGAACUUGAAGAAGCCAGAUUAUGGAUGAGUGAAAAAGACCAAGAGAUUACCAGGAAAGAUUUGGGAAAAGAUGUUAUGGCUGUUAAAUUAUUUCUGAAAAAGCUGAAUGCUGUGGACCUUGAUUUAGAAAGUUUUCAGGAAACUGUCUCAAAUUUGCGAUCACUUUGCCAGGAUUUAUUGAGCAGCGGACAUUUUAAUGGCAAAGAAAUUGAAAGAAAUCAAACUAACCUUGAGAUUCAAUUUAAGCAAAUGAAAGACCGUUCUAUACAUAGGAGACAACAAUUGAAAGAGCAAGAAUCAGUCUAUGAAUUUUAUUAUGAGGUAGAUGAAAUUCAGGAUUGGUUAGCUGAAAAGAAUGCAUUUGCUUCAUCUGAAGACCUUGGGUCUGAUUUAGAACAUGUUGAAGAACUUGAAAAGAGAUUUUUGGCAUUCAUUGAGGAAUUAAAUGGCAAUGAAGAAAGAAUCAAAACUAUUCAAGUUAUGGCUGAAAAAUUGGUAAAAGAGAAAGUUGGUAAUGAAGCUGUUGUACGAAGUAAGUGGGAAAGCAUUUCAGAAUCAUGGAGGUGUGUUCAAGAACAUUGUAGUAUGAGGAAUCAACAGAUACAAAAGUCUAAAAUCUUACACAAAUUCAAUCAUGAUGCUGAUGAAAUUCGUAGUUGGAUUCAGGAAAAAGACACUGUUGUAUCAACAAAAGAUAUUGGCCAUGACCUUUCUUCGGUUCAGGUACUAAUCAAAAGACAUAAUGGUUUUGAGAGAGAGCUCUCUGCUCUUGAAGAACAUGUAGAAAAUCUUGUUAGUCAUGCCAGUGAACUUGUACAGGGCUUCCCUGGAGCAUUUGAAGAUAUCAGUAAAAGGAAUGAUGAUGUUGUUGAAGCCUGGAAUCAACUUUUAAACAAAGUCUCUAGGCGAAACAUGAUGUUGCAACAAAUGGAACAGCAGCAGGUUUACCUUACAGAUUGUAAUGAACUGAUGACAUGGAUAUCUGAAACGAUGAAAACUAUAAAAAGUCACAGUGAACCCCAUGAUGUAUCAAGUGCUGAAACUCAGAUAUCUCACCAUAUGGAACAUCAAGCAGAGAUAGAGUCAAGAGCAGAUCACUUUGAAGAGUUAUGCCAAUUAGGAAGAAACAUAGAAAAAAACAAUGUCUUGGUAGAGGACAUAAGAAAUAAAGUUGAUGAGCUAGAAGAAUCUUGGUACUGUCUUAAUUCUACAUGGGAGAAGAAAAAAGAACUGUUUGACAUGCAACUUGAUUUACAGCUGUUUCAAAAAGAUCUUGCAAUUGCAGAAAAAUGGUUGUCAUCACAAUACUCACAGCUGGAUGAUAAUUCAUUUUUACAAGAUUCAGCUGAUAUUGAAGAGUUUCUGAAGAAACAAGAGGAUUUUGAGAAGAUGAUUGCUUCGCAGGAAGACAAGUUUCAAGCUCUCAAGAGAUUGACAGUGGUGGAGGAGUGCUUUCAUGCAAAGUAGGCCGAUUUUUUUUCUUGUUUGUGUACAAUUUGGAAAUGAUGAACCACAUAGUAUUAUAACAAGUCUUUAAAUAAUGAAUUAAUAAUCACUAUAAAACAGUACUGUACAGUACCUGUACUACAUUGGCCAAAUUAUUUCAAACCAAGUGUCCACAAUUUAUGAUAGUGCAAUGUAUUAUACUACCGUAGAAUAGCUUUUCUGAUAUGCCAAAGGUUGCAACUUUAAUACAGUAAUGAUCAUUAACUAAUAUUGAAUAUUAAUUAUAUACACUUUUUAAUUAAGAAGUUCAUCACCAGCACGUAAUGUUUCCAGAGCUACUAUAUUGUGUUGAAUUUAAAUUCAAGAGCUUACAACAUGCUUUGGGAUUAUGCUUGACAAUAUUUUGAAAAUAGAAAGUAGAUUAUUUAAAAUCUCAAACAUUAACAUUCCUUCAGUUAUAUAUCAUGAAUGAAACCUUUGUAAUAGGUAGCUACAUCUAUGCGAUAUAAUUAUAAUUUGGUUUCAAUAAGGGCAGCGGUUAAUGUUAUACUGUAGCUUAAGAACCAUAUCAACAGGGAUGUUGCUAAAGUUUUUGAGAACCACAAAUAUAUCACACAAUGAAAAGUAUGAUAAACUAAAACGGCUAGGAAGAGAAAUGGAGUUGUUGAUGAAAUAGAGGCAUGGUUAUUCAAUGUAUGUAGACCGCAUCGAUUUUGAAGGUUUAAAAAUAAUCAAAUAUAAGUGGCAUAAUCGGAAGCAAGGGUAUUUGAUAAUGUUAAAUAAGCACAGUACUCAUAUUCACAUCAUGAUGUUUCCAGACUGCAAUUAAUAUGUUGGUGUUUAGUUGUAAAUUUCAGUCACAGGCAGUAUAAUACAACACAACCUUUAACGUGAUGUGUGACAGGGAAGUCUCACCAUAAAAUGAGAAGAAUUGUUGGUGAAACUGAUAAUCACCAAAUUAAGAUCUAUGAGUGAUGAAAGUCUUCAAAGUAUUUCAGUACUUUUCUUUUUGGUAUUUUAUAAUACAGUAGUGUUGGCCUACUAUUCUGAACAUAUAUAAUCUGUUUACUAUUGAAUUGAAAAGUAUCAGUAAAUUAGUUUUACUGUAUUUAAUUUUCCCCCAUAUACUUAAUAUUACCUUGAAAGUUAACAUUCCUAUUUUUAUUUAUUUAUUUAUUUAUUUUUUUUUUUGUAAUGUUUAUAUUAUUUUUCGCUAAAAUACAGUGUUGUAUGAAGGGUAUACAUUUUCGUUAUACAGUAUUUAAUGUGAAUACAGCGAAUGCAUUGAUUUCAUCUAUUAGAUUUUGCUGUAACCCAAAGCUUAGUGUUCACUAUAUUAUAUGACAUUUUAUAUUAUGUUUCUAUUUAAAUAUCUAUCAUACUUUUAUACUAACUUAUGUAUCUCACAAGCAAUUAUGCUAUAUGCUUUAACUUCAUUAUUAAUUUUAAUAUAUUAUACAAUUGUUUAUGCUUUGGUAUUAGAUUUAAUCAAGAGUUCAAUUAAAAUCAUAUUUAGGGAAAUUUAGAAAUUGGAGAUUAUUGUAAUAUUUAAUGUAAAAGUACAAUUGAAUAUGUACUAUUUAUUGAAUCUUUUUAUUUCAGUUAUGAUUAUUAUCCUCUGCAAAGUAUUGGUGUUAGUUUUGUACUGUUUUCAUUCUUCCUGCAUAUUUGUAAUAUGCUAUACUCUAUGCAGAUAGCGUUGUUCUAUCAGUUAUUUCUGUCCCGUCCAUUAUUCAUUUAUUCAUACACACAUAGUAUUGCUUAGAUAUUUACAUUGACAUCUUAAUAUUUAUUAUCAAUAUUAUUAGUACUAUUAAUAUUUUGAUAAUUUAUAUUGUUCAAAAUAGCUAUCAGUAACAAUUACAAUGACGUACCGGUAUCCAGAAAUGGCAAUAUGAAUAGAAAAAAAUUAUAGAUCUGACCUGAAUUUAACUAGGUCUAAAGUUCAUUUUUUUUGGAAUUGCUAAUAAUAUUUGUGAACUGGUUAAUUUAGUUAGUUGUUGGUGUUUGCAUUUUUACAGUGUUAAAACAUUUCAACAGGGUUAAAUUUAGGUAAGGUUAGAUAUAGUAGUCAGUAAUCGCACAGAUUUUCUUUACAGUAUAUUUGUGUGUCAUUAAAGUGGUGUAGGCUAUUAAUUUACAGAAGAUUAUAUUUGUGUAAUACAAAAGCAACAAACGGUUCUACUGCAAAUAACUUUAUCCCAUGAUUUCAUAAUCAUACUUAUAACAUCUAACCGUAACAUCCAACAGAUUGUAAAGGGUUCUGAACAUAAAUUGUAGUACAGUAUAUCAUUUUGAAUGAUUAAUGCGUGCUCAAGAUUAUUUGUCGGCUAUAAACGGCUGUGUUCGACUGGUCAUUCUUCGUUAAAGCAUGCCCACCUGUGCAGCGGUAAAAUCCUACUCAACGAAGACGACCAGUCGAAUAGAAAACUUUUAAAUACUCGACAAAACAAAAUAGCUGUAUAGUUACCGCGAUACACGUUGCGUAAUCAAGAUUGCUUCAACUUGUGGU